AUGUUGGACGACAACUUCCUCGCGACCAGGCAGAUCCGCCCUAGGGUGUUCCAGUUGACAUUGCGCGCACCCCGAUCGUACAAGAAUCCUGACCCAGUUCCCACCCAAGUUCCUGAUAGAUAUACCGCUUAUAUAAACACUUCUCUCGAGUACGCGAAACGCGUAUCUGGGUCCAAGUUCUUUGACGGGAGAACGCGCUCUAAGUCCACAAAUAAUGUCGUUCACCACGUUCGCCAGCUUGGAGGGACCGCUUCGAACAUCAAGGACGCGAUGUUGUUGUCUCUAGAUGCUUUCGCCGCAUCCGCCGACGCAUUUCCGCCGCUCAAGAGCGUCGUCAGCGGUCUGGCGUUCCUCCUCAAGCAAGCCCAGCUGGUCUCCAAGAACGUAGAGGCGAUUUACGAGUUUCAUGUCCUAGUCUACGAUAUCAUCCGCAAGCUCGACCCUGCUUCGGAUGAGCUCUCGCCCUCGGCCCAACAGGCCAUUCGCAUACUGGCUGAGGACUUGGAGGCUCUAGGCAAGGAUAUGGUCAACAUGGCGGGCCAUAACAAGCUCUUACGCUUCAUACGCGCCCAACGGGACUCAGAGAAACUACAGGACUUCACGAAACGGCUUGAACAGAUUAACGCGGCUUUCACAAGAAGUAUGUUGAUCAAUGCGGACACGAAGACUACGAAAAUACUAGCGUGUGUUGAACCGUUACGGGAAGAUAUACACCGACUAUCUACCCUGACCCGUUCCCUCGCUGUGACACUGGCUUCCAACAAGGUUCGCCCCAAGUGA